AUGAGCACUAGACAGUCCUUAUACUAUACUUAUUGUCUGUUAACAUCUGCUAGAGAUGUUGUAAAAGGAAGUGCAUCUAUUGGAUGCGCAUCGCUAACAUCCUGGGCCGAAAGCUCCACGUUAACAAGACCUAUUUUGAGCAGAAGUCGUCUUUUUUACGAUCCAGAAUGGGAGAAAGCUCGUGCAUUGUCCGAGCAAAGAAGGUCCCAGCCUAAAACUAAGAGCAAGGCCAGCAAGAAGGGCGGAAUAAGGCACUAUUCAACAUUCACAAGCGUAAGGUUAAACUCCACGGAUGCAAAGAAAGCUGCUGUUUCAAACAUAGCGGAAAAAGAGCAAAAAAAUGCUCUUAAAAGCUCUGAAAUACCAUCUUCGAGAAUAUCGCGUCUUUUCCAUUAUGGCUCCCUUGCGGCUGGGGUUGGAUUUUCAGCGGCGACGGACGGCUUCUCUCAAGCUGUGCGCGGUCAGUCGCUAGAUCUCAAAUCACUUAUUCUCUCAGAUGCCAACAUAGACCGUAUUACUCAAAAAUUUUCCAAAAUGCGUGGCGCUGCAUUAAAGAUAGGUCAAAUGAUGUCUUUUCAAGAUGAGCGUGUUUUGCCCAAAGAGCUAUACAUUAUUUUAUCUCGCGUUCAAAAUGGUGCUCACUACAUGCCUCAAAGACAACUGGAUAGGCUUCUGACGAGAGAAUUAGGCUCAUCUUGGAGAGAAAAAUUCUCCAAAUUCGAUCUCGUACCCAUGGCCGCCGCAUCCAUUGGUCAGGUUCACGAGGCAGUGUUACCAUCGGGCGAAGAAGUUGUGGUUAAAGUUCAAUAUCCAGGUGUAAAGGAUUCUAUCGAUUCAGACCUUAAUAAUGUGCUCAUGUUCCUGACCGCCUCCCGUUUGCUACCCAAGGGACUUUUUUUAGACAAGACGGUAGAGAACGCGAGAACCGAAUUGAAAUGGGAGUGUGAUUACAAGCGAGAGGCCGCGGCUUUACAGAAAUUUGAGACUUUGCUGAAGGACGAUCCAGUUCUCGUUACUCCCAAAGUUUUUGAAGAAUUAACCACCGAAAAUAUAAUCACAAUGACCAAGAUGCAAGGUACUGAGAUAAUGAAGCUGCCUGACAGCACAUCGCAGGAAACAAAAAAUUUCAUUUCGGAAUCAAUCAUGCGUCUAUGUCUACGUGAAAUAGCAGAGUUUCAGUUCAUGCAAACGGAUCCUAACUGGGCCAAUUUCCUCUACAAUGAGAAUGAUAAAACAUUGGAGCUCUUGGACUUUGGCGCCUCCCGGGACUUCCCACAGGAGUUUAUCCUUUUGUACCGACGCAUGCUGACCGCCGGCAGUUUGAAAGACCGCACAAAAGUCGCUCAGCUCUCGCAACAGCUGGGCUACCUGACCGGCCUAGAAUCUAAGGCUAUGAUAGACGCACAUGUCGACUCCGUUCUUACUUUGUCAGAACCCUUCGUAGGUCCCACCGAUAAGCUGUUCGAUUUUUCCGAGCAGACCGUCACUGACAGAAUCAGGACCAACAUCAACUUGAUGUUAAAGGAGCGCCUGUGUCCACCACCAGAGGAGACGUAUUCCUUGCACAGAAAAUUUAGCGGAGUGUUCCUUUUGUGCGCAAGGAUGAGAGCUGAAAUACCAAUGGCUAAACUAUUCCAAGAGCAUUUUGCAUUGUACGAUUAA